UAAAUUAUUAUAGUUCUGUUGGCCUUCAGUUGACGUGAGGCUUAGGUAGUCCUUUGUGUUUACGUAACUUAUUAUGAAUUGUAAAAUUUUGAAUAUAUGUUUUUAAGUCUAUUUAGCUAAGUUCCUCUUUGCCAAAGCGCUAUGCAAUUUAAAAAUGCCGAAAAAAUACCAUCACCCGGUUGCGAGAAAGACAAGUUUAAUGGAGGAGACCGACUGAACUUUUCCCCAAAUUUCGGUGAUUCACUAGACCCAGAUGUGGUGGACAGCGUUUCUGAACUGUUUUCUCACCAACAGUGGUAUGCUAAUGCAAAUUUGUGUUUCAGAAAUAAUCCUGAGACACAGUUUGGAUUCUUUUCAUCGUUUUCUCGUCAAUGCCAAGAUUCAAGUCCGAGUAAAAUUUCUAUUGUUUACGAUUCCUGUAACUGGUCCUUAAUCGAUAUUGCUAGUGGAAGAUAUUAUGCUGAUAGUUUAUUAGACUGCCGUUGUUUUGACGAAAUGGAUGCACUUAUGGAUCCUGGAAUUCGGAAAUCAGCAACCUGCUUGCAGAGGGCACUAUUUAAAUCGAUUAAAAAGGGCAGGUUUCCUAGACCAGAUCGUUUGUCCAAAUCACAGGCCAAAUAUCAGACCAGCCCAUUGCGUAUUAGCCUGGAUGAAGAGAGUGUUUUCGAAGUUACGCAAUCUGGCUGCAAUCGCAUCUAUCAUUUUUUCCACAUUAAUCCAGUUCGAGGUGUCUCUGUUGAUUUAUUUUUUGAAACUGUAAAUAACUCAUUUCAGCACAGCAAAAACGACAUAGCGAACACAUUUUGUUACUAUUUUCCAAUGAUGCGUGUUAGUGGCUCUGUUACUAUAUCUGGAUAUACGGAGGAUGUGAUCGGAGAGGGAUGGUACAAUCGUGAGUUUGGUGGCUUUUCAUUUGAAGUGAACAAGCCGGUACAUAGUGCAUAUGGCUGGCUCUCGUUACAUCUAUCUGACGGAUCGCAAUUCAGUCUAUUUCAUGUUAUGGACUAUGAGGCAACCAAAACAAAAGAAUGCUUUGGAGUUUACAUUUCUAAUGGCAAAAAACAUAUGUGCUCAGAUAUUUCUCUUGAAAUAGAAAAUAGGUGGGUCAGUUUAGUAACCUUCAUUGUAUAUCCUUCACAUUUUUCAGUAAAUGUUCCUUCGAUAGGACUCAGUUUUAAACUCUUUCCCACGUUCAGUGCGCAGGAAUUCAACACUGUGAUGAUGCCAGGGGGUGGUUUUUUUGAAGGCUGCAUGGUCGGAAAAGGAAUAGUCAUGGGAAACAGCAUCAGUUUGAAGGGUUUUUUAGAAUGUAAAAACUAUAUUGCCUAUUCUGAACUUAUGGAUUUACUGAAUAUUGCCAGUAAAUAUGUUCGUGGCAUAUUAAGUCAGCUAUAUCCGUUAAAAGCAACUGAUGAGUGGUUACAAGAUAAUGUACUAGGGCGGUACUCUUUCCAAAGUCGAAUUCCUGCAGAUAAAAUAUGUGAAAUAUUGUUUUCUCCGGUUCGCGCUUUGAUAAACAGAGGAGGUAAAUCAUGGCGUAGUUUACUUCUCGCAUCUUGCUGUAAUGCAUUGUCUUGUGACUACUUUGAUUGCUCACCUUUUAUAGCUAUGAUAGAGCUUCUUCAUGUAGGCUCAUUGAUUAUUGAUGAUAUUCAGGACAAUUCUCUUGUUCGCCGUGGCGGACGGUGCAUUCACAUUGACUAUGGUGUACCCACAGCAAUUAACGCUGGUACUGCUUGUUAUUUCAUGGCUCCAUACAUUGCUGGUAUUGAUAAACUCUCUGAAGAAAAGGCCAACAAGGUCUACAAACUGUAUCUUGAUCUCCUUCGAAUCGGUCAUUUAGGUCAAGGGCUCGAUAUUUACGGACUUGAUUAUCUAAUGCCGCAGGCUGUGGCUUCUGGCGAUGUGCAUCCGUUGCUAGAGGCACUUGAAGCUAUCCACACUUGCAAAACCGGGAGUCUUACGAGCACUUUGUGCUCUAUUGCAUGUGUUUUAUGUAGUGCUGAUCCCAAGGUAUUCGAUGCGAUGAAGAUCUUUGGACUCAAUUUAGGAUUAGCUUUUCAAAUCAUAGAUGAUGUUCGAAACAUAAAAAGUUUCAGGGGUGGUUUGAACGAAAAGGAAGACAUUCGUAACGGAAAAAUUACGUAUCCAAUAGUAAAGGCCAUGUCAAGACUUUCCGGGGCCGAUAGGCAGUUGCUUUGGGAUGUUGUAAAGUCAAAGCCAUCUGAUCCUGAGAUGGUAAUGGUAGCAAUCAAACUCAUUGAAAAGGUUGGGGGUGUUGAUUUGUGUCUGCAGGAUGCACAAAGCUUGAUUGAAAGGGCAUGGUCCAUACUGGAUCCUUUGUUAGAUGAAUCAAUUUCAAAAAACAUCUUGUUUAUCUUUAGUAAGUCUUUACUCAACUGUGAUUGCUAGAAAAAAAUGCAAUGCCCUUUAUAAUGCUCACUUGGUAUCAAAAUUGCGUGUUU